AUGAGAGACUCGGAGGACAACCCUUCUGUUGUGGCACUUGCAGUCCCAAAGAAAGGCUCCCGUGGCUGGCAGAUCAAAGGCGGCGAAGUUGAGGCCAUCUUGUCACUAUGGAUGGCCCACCUAGACGCGACCAAAGUGGCGAAAACGAAAGACAAAGAAAAGGCUGACUGGCAAAGAUCCAAAGCUGGUGUAGCCUUGGGAGUUAACUACUGCAGGAUCCUCGGACCAAGUGACCAACGCGGCGUCUUGAAGCGAGACAUCAAGUGGUGGGUGGGCAAUCCCGCUGUGACAGAGGUCGCCAUGGACAAGAGAAUGGAGGAUGAAACAACUGGCUCCACGCAUAGAACUUGUGAGGCUUCAUAUCAUUGCAAGGAUCCCGCACGCGAUGAUGUCAAGAUGGUUAUUGGCUUUAUGGGGCCGCUCAAGCCUGAUACCAGGCACAAGUUACUUGUGCAGCACUCUACAGCUGGUCUAGCCACCAUUGCUGCCCAUCACCUCUUCACUUGUUUCCUCUGGACCAUUGUUGAUCUGGAUCAGCUACCGAAAGACUUUCUCUACCAAGGCUCCAUAAGCAUCCAUGAAUCCGUCAGCAUCCAGCCACCUAAACCAUUAGACCUAGAAUCUACCAAACUUGGUACAGGUCGGAAGCUGAGUCAAACUAAACUGACCAGAUUCGCGCUUCAUGCUGAAAAAGAAGGUCUCGGAGUGCUCGAUGACAUACUUCUGUGUCUCAUUCCCAUCUUCAGUCUCAAAGAUGUUCUCCCCAACGACGCCGUGUUGAAACUUGACUUGCCUGGCUUGCGUGGGCGAAGCACAUGGGUGAAGGAUGCACCAGCUUACUUGGCUCUCCUCAAGUUCAUGACCAAGGAAUCUAAGUGCAGUUUCGACGACUACCUCUCUUUGGCUGCAGUAGUCCGCGCACUAGACUACAUCUACCUUAUGAUUCUCGAUGAUGAGAACAUGGCAUAUGGCAAGAUUUUGUAUCAAGAAGAUGAUAAAGUCUCCGAGUCCAAGUCCAAUGACUUUGGUGGGAAAACUAAGUCUCCAAGCCGACAAUCUUCUGGUGAUUAUCAAAUUCUUUUGGAUUACAUUUCUCAACUCUAUCCAGACGUAGUCAGGAGACUCCUGAAGUUUUACGAACUUCAAGGACGGAAAGACUACUUCUGUGACCUUGGGAGACGCUGUGGAGAGACAGAGACAUGGCCACCUGGCUUUGGAAAUGAGAAGGAAGGCUUUAUGAAACAAAUCAGGUUCACGUCUCUCCAUAACCAGGCUUCCAUUAUGGCUCCUAUUAAUUUGUGGCUGAUUGAAGGGAAAGAUUGGAAGAAGCGAGAUGUAUUUGGCUGGACAGCUCUACAUUAUGCUGCUUCUUGCACUGAAUUUAUCGUCCUCGAAGAGCGCCAGCAUCCCAUCUUACGUAGCAAUCAACUUCCUGGUUGUCUCAAAGCCCUUCUACGACAGAGCCACCCACAGACAUGGUGGUUCGACAAUAUUGGCAGAAGCCCAAUUCACGUGGCUUGCUUGACAGGAAAUCAGAGAUUCUUGGAGAGACUCUUAAAGAACUUGUCGACAAAAGAUGCGAGAGCUAGCUUGGAAGCGAAAGGUUUGGACGGAAUGACUCCCGUGCACCUUGCAGUGCAGGAAGGUCACGCAAAAUGCAUUGCCGUCAUCAAACGGCUACAGGAACUUGAAAUGCCGUCCGACGCUUGGAAACGGAGCCCAUUUCAUCUUUCCAUAUGCAAAGGCAGAUACGACUGCUGUAACGAGCUUAUUUGUGACGAAAAGCUCGUGUUCAACCCAUACACUCUCGAUGUCCAUGGAAGAUCUCUAUUCUCGUAUCUUGACGAAGAAGAGGAGGAACAAAGAUCAAUUGGGAGCCAAUUUCUUAAGGUUCACUCAAGACUCUUCGGGGACAAAGACAACGAAGGCCAGUCUGUUUGGCACUAUGGGGUCAAGUUUUGUGAUGAAGAGGUGAUAGAUAUUUUGGAGGACCAGCAUCGGUCAGCCAUCAACGCCAGCAAUAAUUGUGGCGAGACUCCUCUACAUCUGGCAAUCAAGCUAAAGAGGAAACAAACUUUCCAUCGCUUAUUGAUGAUUGGCGCGGACCCAGGCGUCAAUAACACUGGAGAUCAGUCUCCGUUGAUGUUUGCUUGCUCCCGUGGCGAAGCGAAUAUGGUCUGCUCCAUGCUCAAAAUCCAAAGGAAAGCUGCAGAAGAUAAGGAUAAGUACGGGAAGUCUCCAUUGCACUAUGCCAUUGAGUGCAAAAACUACAACGACGGAGAGCGGGAAACGAUCGUCAGGUGGCUUGUGUCAGCCAUGAAAGAAAUCGACAUCGAGGAUAAACAGGGCUGUACGCCAUUACAUCUUGCAUGUCAAAACUCCAAGAGCUCGAUAGUGUCUAUUUUCAUGGACAAGGGAGCCAACCCGGAUUCGAAAGAUGACCAAGGAAAUAAUGCCCUUCAUUAUUUAGUUGGGCUUUUGCCGCAACAUGGUGAAGCAACAUCCACCUGGAGAGAAGAAAUCGCAGAGAAGCUAUCAAAGAGGUCACCUGCUUGCAUAAGGGACCAAAAUGAAGAUGGCCAUACAGCAUUGUUUUUAGUUGUUAUGCGAAACGAGGGAGAUGCUUGUAUCUUUCUAGUAGAGAAUAACGCUGACCCUCAAACCAUAAGUGACGAGGAGUCUUUCUCCCCAUUUACGAGAGCUUGUCGGCGUGGCGGGCCAGUCAACUUCAUUUCAAAAGCGAUUCUGAUGGCUGGACAGCAGGAUAGUAGGAUUGAUCUCAACCAAGGUGAUGCAGUACUUGGUCAGUCACCCCUGGCAUGGGCGUGUGAAGAGAACAAGCCCGAGGUCGUCAAGAUGUUGCUCGAGACUAGGAACUUAAUCCAACUUGAAGACAAGCUCGACCUCAACAAACAAGCAACCAGAUAUGGAAACGCAACACCGCUUCACCAUACGCUGCUUGAAAAGAACCACGACAUUCUGGAGCUUUUGCUUGAUGACCCCAGGAUCAUACGUGGGUUGGGUGCGACCAAGUUUAUUGGUCUCAAUCUUUUACAGUUCGCUUUCGAGUUGUCGGAUCAGAGAUGCCUCACCACGUUGUUGUUACAUCAUCACACGAAAUCCACAGUGUUCUUCAUGGAAGGCUGGGAAAGUAUCAUCCAGAAGCAUGCGAGUUUGGUCGGCAACGUCGAACUCUGGGACGAAUGGGAGCGCGCUGGUCGACAAGAGAUGAUCAAAUCGCUUCUCCAUAGUGGCAUCAACGUUCAUGAACUGGACGAAGACAACUGGCCACCCGCCGGUAUCGCUGCCAGGUACCAUCAUAAGGAACUUGAAGAGUUUCUUCGCAAAGACUAUCCCGAUAGAGAUCUGGCUAUGCAUAAGUACCGUCACCCAUCAACAUUUAUUAAUGUUUAUGAUGGGCCAGAGCUUACGGCAUCACCUGCAAAGGAGCCAUCCCUGUCCUUCGUUUUAGAGGUGAUUGCGCCCCCAACAGCAGAGGGCAUGGGUUGUUAUCUACGCACUCAAGAAGCAAUUCCUCCCGACUCGAAAUUCUUUUACUAUGAAAUAGAAGUCCUCCAUAACAACAAUACGACACCCUGUGUCUUUGGCUUCUGUCAGGCGUCUGUUCCUCAGAGAUUGCUGCCUGGCUGGCAUAAAGGAUCUCGGGCCUACCAUGGAGAUAAUGGAGGAUUUUCUGUGGAGGGAGGAUGGUCCACAAGCCGGGAAAGUGACCAGGCUUUCGAUGUAGGCGAGGUUGUAGGCUGUGGUAUGAACUUGGAAACUGGUAAAGGGUAUCGCACUAAGAACGGAUUCCUCCUUGAUUCUGGUAAGUCUGCAUCAUUAGAAGGACCGGAGAAGCAAUUCUGA